AGUGGACAAAAAUAUACUUUUAGCGAUUUCAGUCAACCCAGUACGUCGCGGCUGCUGUAGAGGGCAGAAGUACAGUUUUUUUGCAGUUCUGUGUACUGUGUACAAUACAUUGAAGGAAGAAACACCCCGGCUGAGGAAAAUGGCCGAUGUAGAGAUGGAUAUCGCGUCUAGCAGAAUGAAUAACGGAAACGAGCACGUGAAAGAAGAUUUGGAGAGCCAUGACAAGAGUGGGAGUGAGGAGGAGAGUGGUGAGAAUUCAGAAGAAGAAGAAGAGCGGGAGGAGAAAGAAGUCGGGGAGGGAGAAGCAGAAACUAACGGAGAAAAGACAGCGAAGGUGUCCAAACAUCACAGCAGUGGCAGCAAACACAAGAAGAAGAAACACAAACACCGCAGCAAGCACAAAAAACACAAGCACGCGUCCGAAGAGGACAAGGACCGAAAGCGCAAACAUCGACACAAACACAAGAAACACAAACGUAAAGAUGGCUCCUCUUCUUCUGCCCCUGGCAUCAACAGCGCCUCCAGCCAGAGAAAGACUCACAUCUCCCCCUCAUCUGACGACAAGGCCUUAUUGGAGGAGUUGGAGAAACAGAGGGCCAUGAUUAAAGCUGAGCUGGACAGCCAGGUGAUGGAGGGGGGUAAGGUGCAGUCAGGCAUGGGCCUCAUCCUACAGGGUUAUAACUCUGGCUCUGAGGAGGGAGACGGAGAGGGCAGGGUCCGGAACGGGGAGCAGCGUCAGAAGGGCAGUAUGGGGAAACCCCCCUCCCCUAGGGGUAGGAGUGGUAAAGCCAGACGGGACUCCACAGAAGCCAGCAAGUCCAGCUCUAAGCGCCACAGUCGGAGCAAGUCCAAGGAGAGGACAGGCAAGGAAUCCAAGUCGGACAAAACAACCAAAGUCAGCAAAGAUGUGGCCGCCAAAGGCCGUGGCCGCAGCAAAUCAAAAGAGAGGAAGCGUUCCCAAAGCGGGGGCAGGUCCAAAGAGAGAAACAAGAAGUCUCCUUCCCCCUCCAGCAGGAGGGCAGAGCAGAGGAGCGGCCGAUCAGACAAACGCUCUUCGCCCCAGCCUGACGACAGACCAAACACGGAGCGUGGCAGCCGGAGGUCCAGAUCACGGGAGCGUCCAGGGCGGUCGGAGUCAGAAAGAGAGCGAGACAAGAGGCCGACAAAGUCACCUUCCAAGGAUGCUUCGUCAGGGAAAGAGAACCGCUCUCCCCACAGGCGAGGAGGAGGAGUGGCCAUUAGCCCCUCGAGGAGACGCAGCGCCUCCCCACGCCCCACCAGAGACUCCCAGCAGGCAUCCGCUUCAGCUUCCACCUCCAAACAGGGCUCUCCUUCCAGAUCAGCCAGGUCCCCAGCAAGGAGAGGCCGCAGUCGCUCCCCAGAUGCCAGGAGGAGGGAUGCUGAUAGACCGGGCUCCUCACCACUCCGAAAGCGAAUACGCCCAGAAGCAGGGCCAGGGGGUAGAGCGAGGUCACGGGAGACCAGCCCCAGAGGUGCUCCCCAACGUCGCAGGAUGAGCCGCUCACCCUUCAGAAGAAGGUCCCCCUCGCCCUUCCGAAGACGGAGCAGGUCUCCAAUGAGACGCAGGUCGCCGGAAAGAGACAGAUACGGCCGUCUCAGACAGUACGGCCGGCGCUCCAACUCCCGGGACCGGGACAGGAGGAGGAGACAUGGCCGGGACGAGGACAAGUUCAAGGGCAGCCUCUCUGAGGGCAUGAAGGCCGACAAGGAGUCCUCCGAGGAGGAAGUGCUUGAGGACUUUGACGGUGAGGAGGUGGAUGAAGAGGCCAUCAUAGAGCAGCGCCGGCAGCAGCGCCUGGCUAUCGUCCAGAAAUACCGUGGUGGCAACGAGGACAGCAUGGCGUCCAUGGCGUCGGAGCCCAGCAGCCCGCAGAGCAGCACACGGAGCCGCUCGCCCUCGCCAGACGACAUCCUGGAGCGUGUGGCGGCUGACGUCAAGGAGUACGAGCUGGAGAAUCUGGACACGUUUGAGGAGAACAUCAAGGCCAAGCAAGGCCUCAUCACGCAGGAGAAGGAUGGACCCAAAAAGCCCUCGGCCCCUGAUAUGUUUACAGAGUCGGACGUCAUGUUUGAAGCAGCCAUUGAUAGUGCCAGGAUGAGAGCAGCAGGUGUUGGGGGGAAGGACUUCAAAGAGAACCCCAACCUCCGGGACAACUGGACCGAUGCAGAGGGUUACUACCGCGUGAACAUCGGGGAGACGCUGGACAAGCGCUACGACGUGUACGGCUACACAGGCCAGGGAAUGUUCAGCAACGUGAUCAGGGGCAGGGACACGGCCCGCGCCGGACAGGAUGUGGCCGUCAAGAUCAUCCGCAACAACGAGCUCAUGCAGAAGACUGGCCUGAAGGAGCUGGAGUUCCUCAAGAGGCUCAACGAUGCCGACCCAGACGACAAGUUCCACUGCUUGCGCCUCUUCAGACACUUCUACCACAAGCAGCACCUGUGUCUGGUGUUCGAGCCCCUCAGUAUGAACCUGCGCGAGGUGCUGAAGAAGUACGGUAAGGACGUGGGCCUUCACAUCAAGGCUGUCCGCUCCUACACCCAGCAGCUCUUCCUGGCACUCAAACUCCUCAAACGUUGCAGCAUCCUCCACGCUGACAUCAAGCCUGACAACAUCCUGGUGAACGAGUCGAAGACCAUCUUGAAACUCUGCGAUUUUGGCUCGGCGUCCCAUGUUGCAGACAAUGACAUCACGCCGUACCUCGUCAGCAGAUUCUACAGAGCUCCAGAAAUCAUCAUUGGGAAGCCAUACGACUACAGCAUAGACAUGUGGUCAGUGGGCUGCACGCUGUACGAACUCUACACCGGCAAGAUCCUUUUCCCUGGCUCCUCCAACAACCACAUGAUCAAACUGGCCAUGGACCUCAAGGGCAAGAUGCCCAACAAGAUGAUUCGGAAAGGCCUGUUCAAAGACCAGCACUUUGAUCAGAACCUCAACUUCCUCUACAUUGAAGUAGACAAAGUGACCGAAAGGGAGAAGGUAACAGUGAUGAGCACAAUCAACCCCACCAAGGACUUGCUGUGUGACAUGGUGGGUGGCCAGCGGCUGCCCGAGGAGCAGAGGAAGAAGGUCCUGGUCCUAAAAGACCUGAUCGACGGCACGCUGAUGCUGGACCCUGCCAAACGCAUCAGCAUCAACCAGGCCCUGCAGCACCCCUUCAUCCAGGAGAAGAUCUGAACUCAGACCAGUCCAACAAUCAACCAGGCCCUGCAGCACCCCUUGAUCCAGGAAAAGAUCUGAACUCAGACCAGCCCAACCAUUAGCCAGGCCCUGCAGCACCCCUUCAUCCAGGAGAAGAUCUGACCUCAAACCAGCCCAACCAUCAACCAGACCAGCCUUGCCAGGUAGAAAUACAAGACCAGGCGCCCCAUUGAGAAUGUUAUGGAUAAAUUGUUUCCCCUAUUUUGAUUAUGAUGGGUACGAUAACCUGGUAUGUUUUAAUUGUAAAUAAGUAAAAUAGACAUUCAUGAAGAAAAAAUCAUUUUGAUUUAUCAUAAACCCCACCCCCCUCCGGCGGUGAUGCAGCAGUUAUGGACUAUUUCUAUUUAGCUGGCAUUGAAGUGAAUGACAUUAAAAUAAUACAAUUAUUGUAAACAUGUCUAAUGCAUUGUCGAAGUAUCUGAGUGUAGGUCGGUUUAGAAAUGUGUGUUGUGUACUAGUCGCAUCAAGGAGAUGCAUCAUCUUCAACGGUAAAAUUUUUAAUGAUCACCAACAUUGCUCAUUCUGCGACUGUGCAUGCUUUUGAAUGUGCACCCCUUCGUUGUGCUCUAGAUGUGUCUAGCAUAAGCCUGUGUACUGUUAAUGCUCUCUGUAACCAGGUUUCCAGCCAACCUUUUUAUGCGAGGAAAGUACACGUUAGAUACAAAAUGUCAAGACUGAUGGAAACGGCACGUUUUUGUUGGUGAACUUUCCAAAAUGUCUGCAAAAUAAAACACCAGACAGGGUGGGAUGUUUUUGUCAGUAAAAUUCAUUACGUGAGAAAUGGCAGAAACCUUUUUGUUUUUUUUCCCCCCCACAGAAACUUAUAUAAUAACCAGUCACGCAAUGAUUGUCCUCCAACUACGACUCGAGAAAGCAUGCAGUUAAAUAGGCUACAGAUAAAAUAAGUUAUGGUGAACUUCAUAUGGGGGUGAAAGUGCACGGUGAUGAGCUUGAUGCUCCUUUCCUAAUAAAUGUAGAGGGUCUUAUUCUGGUGACACGAUUGAUGCUUGACUGCCGUUUGACAAAUACAAAUAAUCUCACUUUUAUCCAUAAUAAUCUCAUGUAGGUAGCCUAACCGCACUGUAUCUGCAAGCUGUUGGCUAAAGCACACGUACUAAGACCAGAGCGGGUACAUUUGCUAUAUAACGCAACUUUUGUUGUGCCGAAAACCAUCAGUGGAGUUGAAAAUGUGAUGGAAACCAAUUGAACUUAUUCUGUACAUUUAAAUGAACUGCGCUACACCACGUUCAGCCUUUUAUCUGGAACAAGUCAUUUUGAUGGAAAUAUCUCUGGUGGGGAAAUGUGCAUAUUGUUUUUGUGGAUUUUAGAAUAUUCACCAAUUGGAUGGUAACCUAGUGUGUGUGCGUAGCAGCAUUGAUGUCCCACAUGAUGGCACCACAAUCCCCAUUUCACAGGUCCCAGGCCUGUGCUUAAGGAAUGGACUCAACAGUAGUACUGUACUCCCCUCGAACAAUAAGACCGUUCCAUUUCAAGGUCUGUCAUUGUGUUAUUUUACAGAACAGAGCAGCCCCACUGACUCCAACGGUUUCACAUAUUUCCUCCUCUCUCUCUGACACGGUCCUGGCUAUAGGCUCUCAGAUUUAAGUGCCUCCUGUAUGAGCCUUGUGUGUAGAACACAGAACAAUGCCGGCCUGUGAAAGCCGCCACCUCGUUCUCCUCCCAUGUUGUAUAUAUUCCAUUGUUGCCACAGUCUUUCUCCAUGUUAAAGAUUUUCAUGUUUGAUUUCUUUCUUUUCUCAUUGAGGGAAAACAUAUUGUGAUUUAAGCAAAGAACUGAGAUGUGAAAGAGCACCUUCAGUGCACCACCACUUUUAGUAAUAAAAUAUUUCCUAUUCAA